AGUUAUGUUUAGUGUUUAAAGUUAUCGCUAUAUUUGAAAAACGUUUGCAACAAAUCAAUGCAAUAAUAGUUUUUUAAACUAAAGUAUUAAUUCAAUACAAUAGCACACUAUAUAUAUCAUAGCUAUUAUCACCAGAGAGUUGAUCCCAUCCAUCGACAACAUGUCCGCUGCCGUCGAGUGGGAACUGUUUAAGGAAAAUGUUGAACCAAUUAAAUCGGGCCGAAGUAUCGGCACAUUGACCAAAGUAUUGUCACAAAAUGCCAGCCAUUUAUCCGAUAGAGAGUCGACAAGAAAAGAGUUUGAAUCCUUAUUGCGGACAUACGAUGGCACAGAUCUCCUAUCAGUCUAUUAUAAUUACAUCCAAUGGAUUGAACAAAACUAUCCGCUCGGCGGUAAUGAGGCCAACAUGAAGACACUGUUAGAAAAAUGUAUGGAACUGUUCUACAAUACAGAUCAAUACCGUAACGAUCAUCGACUGCUUCAAGUCUUCCUCAAGUUUAUCAAACGUAUGGAUAGUCCGCUGGAAAUGUUCGGCUACUUUCAUGGGACCGGUUUUGCCAAACAAUUGGCCGAUUUUUAUAUUAAUUGGAGCUUUCAUUUGGAAAAUGCUAAGAACUGUCGCAAAGCGGCCGAUGUUUUACGCGAUGGUUUGGCAGCCAAUGCCGAACCUACCAGUGCUCUGAUGCGGGCAUUGAACGAAUUGGAGACACGAGUGGCCAAAGCUAUCUUCAAUAACAAAGCGGACGAAUUGAAUGAGAACAACAACGAAGACGAAGAUCAACUACGAAGACAAGCAUUGAAUAAUUUGAAGACCAAAGUUACUAAAGGAAAAACUGUGGCACCAGUUAAACGUAUUGGUAAUUGUAUUAAAUCGUCGGUUAAUGGACUCAAGACAACAACAACAGUCGGAUCUCAUAAAUCAAAUAAGAUUAGUUCAACAGCUAUUUAUUGCGACGAAAAUGAUGAACCAUUGACUGUAGCCGUCAAACAACAAAAACCAAUGGCUGUUGUGUCGCCGAUUGGUCAUCAGCCGUCGGCGUCGGCUAUAAAACUAAUGGGACAUAUUGGACAAGAAAAUGAACAAAAUCCGGGAAAAUGGAGUGAAAAUCAAUUGAGACAACGAAGACAACAAACAUCAAGACAGAUAAGUGAACUAAAAUUUAGUAUACAUGAAGACGAUGACGACAGCGAUGAUGACGACCACAACAACAACAAUGAUGUCUAUCAGUCAUCUUCUUCAUCAUCACAAUCGUCAUCACAAUCGUCAUCACAAAAGCCGCCGCAAAGCUUUGCCCUUAGACUAAGACCACGGAUUGAACAGAGUUUGAUGCCAUCGUCAUCAUCCAGUUUGCCAACAGAUGGUCCAUUCGAAAAGUUGGAUCCGAUGAAAAAGUUUUUCGUCAAACUGAAUAAGUUGUACGCCGGCGGCGAAGAGUACUGUUUCGAAGAGAUCAGAGGCAAGACAUGGAUGAAGAAUAAAGUCACUAAUAAUAAUAAGACUAACGAUAGUCUACGGCAAGCUAUCGGCGGCAGUGGUGUCAGCGGUGGUGCGGUUGUCGAUGAUAAUAAUGACGACUUAUUGAAUAAGACACACGAAAGAAGUGCAUACCUUGAACAAGAAGUGGCUAAUCUUAGACAACAGGUUCAGCUAUUGCUCAACAAUACUACUACUAAUAAUAAUAAUUGAUAUGUGAUUAUGAGUACCAAAAAAAAACAAACAAAACAAAAUUGCAUUAAUGAUAGCGUGUUUUUAAUUGUGAUUAUAUUAGUGUAACAAACAAAACAAAAAUCAAAU